UCCAAUCACAUCAACUCAUCAAAUCAUACAAUAAUGACUUCAGCCACAUCCACCAACACAUCUACAUCCACAUCCAUGGAUAACCAACAACAAUCCAGAAGUAGUGCCUACCAGAGAAUGUUCAAGAAGCUGCUGCAGCACCGCUCACAGCUCACCCAGAAGCCUCUGGAGGCCGAGAGAAUCGUCGCAUCAUACAAAGUGUACGGCUGGUUGAACAAGCAUGACCCAGCCUACAAGUCGACCGCCUUCCGCCGUGAGGUGCUCGUCGCCAUCGACGAGAUCUUUGAGAUCGUUUUGGCCAUCCUGGACAUGAUGAAGUGCUCAUCAAACCUCCUGGUGCCCAUCAUCAUCUACGCCGACAAGUUUGUAAAUAGAAGUGGUAUCAAGCACAAUCAACUGUUCAAUCUGUUGCUCACAAGCUGCAUCGUCACACUUAAGUUCUGGUCCGAGUCCACUCAGGUCAACAACGCCAUCAUUGCUGAGAUCUUCAACUUUUCGCUGAAGGACAUCAACUUGAUGGAGCGUCGCUUCCUGGUGGCCAUUGAUUACAGCCUGUGUCUGUCAUCUCUGGACGUUGCCGCCUUCCUGCUGAACCUGUUCGAGUCACAACACUUCUUCCUGUCUUCGUUCGAGCACCCCUUUGACAACGCACCCCAGCUGGUCAGGAAGCCUGCCGAGCUGAUGCAGUUCCAGCAACAACAGCUUCAACAGCACUUCCUGAUGCAGCAGCAGAUGGAGCUCCAGAUCCAGCAGCAGCAGCUACAACAGCAGCAACAACAACACUUCUAUAACAACAACAAGUCACAACAACAACAAGUUUACAUGGAGUACCAAUCAUCCAAUCAGUCAAUUUCCACCACUCCCAUACCCCAUCACCCGACUAUCAUACCAUAUAACAACAACAACAACAACAAUAAUAAUAAUAAUAAUAAUCCAAUCCGAUCGAACAUG